AUAGACUUGAAGUAAAAUCAUGGAUUCUUCGUUACCUGAAAUCAUAAAAAAUAUAAAUGAAACGGAGGAAUUAUUUAAAGGAUUCCAAGACACGGAAGAUCCGUUUGGGGAUUAUUAUUACCUUCCUGAACAUUUUAACUCGUCAGAAUUUGAAUUCACACCGUUAUGUGGCCUUGAUGUAUCGAGACCAAAUAAUCUUGCUGCGAUAAUUCUGUCUACAAUAACUUCAAUAGUUGGAAUUAUUUUGAACUCCGGAGCAAUAUUUCUGAUGACUGUUUUAAAAGAAUACAAAAAAUCGACACAGUUUUGGUUAUUUCUUCAACUUCUGAUUUCAAACCUGAUCUUCCUAUUUUUCCUUUUCCUACAAACUAUAAAUGAAUUGAACAAACGUUGGAUCAUGGGAUCGGUGCUGUGUAAACUCGGAGAAGCCUCAAUGUUUUCAAGUCACAAUGCCGGAGUUAUCUUCCUUUUGACUUGCAACAUAUGGGAAAUCGUUUCUCGAUUUACUUGCAAAUUACCUUCGAUCGUUGAACGUUGGAAUCAGAACGAGAUUGUCGAGAUUGCGAAAAAAGUUCUCAUUUUUGUUUGUAUUUGGACCCCAUGUGCUCUCAUUAACUUGCCUUUAUAUAAAUACAAUAAUCUUAACGAUUGUGAUCAAUGUGUACUGGGAUUCCCAUUCGAAGCUAAAGAACUUUGCCCAAUGUUGGGCUUAGAUAUUUCGAGUUGUGAAGAUAUGAUGGAGUUUGUUGAUACAAUCGGAUCCGAAGAAGACGACGAACCUUACGUCGAAUCCGAAAGCGGCGACUUCUAUGAGUUUCCAGUAAUCGAUCCAAAAUUCGACCAAAUUCUUAACUUGACGAGUUUAGAGGAAUUGACAGCUUGCAAGUACGAGGAACCGGGCUCAUUUUUCGUCUGGCUGUUGGCAUCCUUCACAUUGUUUUAUGCAUCACCGAUUCCUAUUAUGGUUUUUAUGGGAUGUUUCUGGAUUUAUGACAUCAUACAACGAACACAGAAAGGAAAAAACAACGCCAAAAACAAGAAUCUCACGACACCAAUAAUUCUCGCAUUGAAUGUUACUUUCUUCCUGUGUUGGACGCCGUGGAACGUCAUCCACAUGAAGAAGGCUUACGGUGGAAUAGAAGGACGGAACGGAAAAGAGUGUUCUUCACUCAUCAGUUAUGCUCGGUUCUCAGCUUUGGUUUAUAAUGUUGUUGCUCCUGUUAUAUAUGUAUCAUUGACAGGGAAGUUUAGAAGGCGAUUGGUGACGUCAGUAACUACGUCAGCAAACUUUUUUUCUCGACUACUGAACAAGAAAGAAAAAGAUUGGCCUGAGUUCAAUGAGAUCACCACUACAUCUGUAAACGACGAGGAGCAAGGACACGAAAAUAAUAAAACGGAAAUCGCUGGACAAAAUAAAGACAUGACUUUGGCGAGAAAAUCGCCGCCACAAGAUACGAGUGUCUAGGACAUUCGCAGAAAGAAUUUUCGAGCUAAGAGUCCUGAUUGGCACUCACUAUCGUAUUUAACCCCUCAAUGAGGAGAAUUUCGUAAACGAAACUUACUAAAAGUGACGUCAUUAUUCGGUUUUGAUUCGCAUUUUGCAAAUUCAGUAAAUUUGAGCUGUUUUUGCAUCACUGACUCCGCUAUGUGACCUCAUAUGGCAAAAACUGUGACAUCAUAAUAACGCUUGAAAGAUUGAACACAUACUCAAUGAUACUCAGUCUUCACGCUAAUAAAUAGAGAAUAUUCUAUUUUAUCGGUUCGUCUCUGUUUAUAAUGACGAAGAGAUGCUAAUCUUGAUGACACGAUUCAGUAUCAAGUCGUUUUCGGCUGAAAUUCUCGAUUGCGUUCGGUGAAUUAUGAUUCCCGGGAAUUUACAUUGCUGAGCGGCUUCGUAAAUGUUAUUAACAAUCCCCAACUUGAAUAUUUAUGAGCUUGAGCGACAAAGUGUCUACACGUCCCUUCGAAGUUCUACUGAGAAUAUUAUCAAUAAUUAUGAGGUUUCUAUUUUAAAUUUACAAUAUAUUUUAUGUGUUUAUCUAACUUUCAUAUUUUCAAAUGUUCCGGAUUUCCGAACUUUCAAUUUCAAUUCCCAGCCCAAAUAUCUACAAGCGUGAGAGACAAAGUAUUUACACAAGUUUUCGAAGUUCUACUACAAAUAAUAUUAUUAUUUAGUGUUGCUUAUGUCUCUAGUGUUUCACUCUAUUUUAGAUUUACGAGAUUUUUUUGUGUGUUCACCCAAGUAAGCUUUGCCGGAUUUCCGGACUUUUGUUUAGCGAGAAUUUUCACAAUUUUUAUUUCGCUUUCACAUGAAUAAACUUUUAUAAGACUGAA